CUUGACUCUAUCUAGUCGUGAUAAUUUGUAGAACCCUUCCUCUCUCUGUUUGCCCUUAUAGACAGUAUUGUUCUGUUCGACAUUUUCUCGCUCGGCCGGCAAAACUCGAUCCUUCCUAUCUAAUCCAAAGCUCUCUCCGGCUCAGUUUGCCGUCGCUAUGUCUCAGGUGGAUAACAGAAAUUCUUCGGCAGCCAAGCGAGCUCGAACAGAUGGUGGUCGCAGGGAAGAUGACUGGACCUGCCCUAGCUGUGGCAAUGUCAAUUUUUCAUUUAGGACUACUUGCAAUAUGCGUAAUUGUACUCAGUCCAGACCAGCAGAUCACCAUUCAAAAUCUGCUGUGAAACCCUUGCCACCUCUUGGCUACUCAUCUGCAGCUCCUUAUGUAAACUCUGGGGGACCCUCAUCAAUGUAUAUGGGUGUGCCGCCAUAUGGCUCCUCUCUUUUCAAUGGUUCAUCCAUGCCUCCUUAUGAUGUCCCAUUUUCUGGGGGUUCUGCGUAUCAUUACAAUUAUGGUAGUCGUCUUUCUGGAGGCAGCCCAUAUAGACCCCUCCAUCUACCUGGUCCAACACCAUAUUCUAGUGGAUCUAUGAUGGGCAAUGGUGGGAUGUAUGGCAUGCCACCCCUAAUGGACCGCUAUGGCUUGGGAAUGGCCAUGGGCCAUGCUGGAAUGGGACCAAGGCCGGGAUUUUUUCCGGAUGACAAACCUCAAAAGAAAGAUGGAACACGGGAUAAUGACUGGCCAUGUCCUAAGUGUGGCAAUGUUAACUUUUCUUUUAGAACAGUUUGCAAUAUGAGAAAAUGCAAUACCCCAAAGCCUGGUUCCCAGGCUGCAAAAUCAGACAAGAAUUCUAAACAAAAGAUGCCUGAGGGAAGCUGGAAGUGUGAGACAUGCAAUAACAUAAACUACCCUUUUAGGACCAAGUGUAACAGACAGAACUGUGGGGCAGAUAAACCAUCUGAGGCAAAUGAGUCUCCUUCAGAGCCAGCUGAUGAGAGCGAUCAGUGAGUUCUAGGACUUAAUGAGGGUUGAGAUUCUUGAGAAGGUCCAGAGUUGUCGUCCAGCAUUGCUCAUUAUGGGUAUCUGAAAGUCUGUCAUGUCGUCUUCAUGUUGCAGCCAUUUUCGAGUUAAUCUACCUUCUCAUGAUCUGUGUCAGGUUGUUGUAUUAACUGGGAUGGUAUAUCCGGUCUUUAUGGAUCCUUCUUAAUUCAAACGUACCAUGCGUCUGCUAGCUUUUUGUCUGGCAAAUAUUAUUCAGGUGGGUUUGUGGUAACUUUUAGAUAGGAUUUUGUUCUACUGCAUAUCUGUUUUAGCGGGUAUGUUAACAUGCAUUGAAGCUUUGUUAUAAAGUGGUGUAUGGUCUAUUUCAA